AUGCAUUGCUUAUCGAGACACUCAACAGUAAUAUUCUUCUUAUUGUUUUUGGUUGUUGCUGAUGAAGAGGUAUUGCGUGACGAGGACAGUGAUGUGCUAUUGAUUGUGGUUGAUGACUUUGAAGUAGAUGACGAGGGGGGUGAGGCCGAACACGUGUAUUUACUCGCUAGUCGCGAUGCCGCUAUGGCGCCGUUCUUCUCUCGCGAUUCUACAAAUACAAAACUCAAUCAAAUAUCAUUCGGUUGGAUACAAUCUACACGUAGAAUUCUCUAA